CUAUGCAGGCAGUCCCAAGUCUCAAAGACAGUGUAGCUAGCAAGUGAGACUGUAAGUGUAAAGACAUGAAGCCCUCUCACUGCAGCAGGUUGCUCCUGGUGUGCUCAGUUCUUGUGCUGUGCCUUGUAAGCGGAGGCGCGAGGUGUGACAAGUUAAGCAGCAAUUUCUACAGUUGGACAUGCCCCGGAGUGUACAACAUCGUCCAGCAGCACGUGUUUUCUGCCGUGAGGGAAGAGCUGAGGAUGGGGGCCUCCUUGCUUAGGCUCCAUUUUCAUGACUGCUUUGUCAAUGGCUGUGAUGGUUCAAUCUUGCUGGAUGGUGCUGACGGCGAAAAGUUUGCACUACCCAAUAAGAACUCCGUCAGAGGGUACGAGGUCAUCGACGCAAUCAAGGCCGAUCUCGAGAACAUGUGCCCCGGGGUGGUGUCCUGUGCUGACAUUGUAGCCCUUGCAGCUGGCUAUGGACUACUCUUUAGUGGAGGGCCUUGGUAUAAUGUUCUACUGGGGAGAAGGGACGGUCUGAAGGCGAAUCAGUCAGGAGCUGACAACGGGCUGCCCUCGCCGUUUGAACCGAUCAGCUCCAUCGUAAAGAAGUUUGCCGAUGUCGGCCUCGACACGAAGGAUGUCGUGGUUCUUUCAGGUGCCCACACGAUCGGGCGAGCCCGGUGCGUGUUGUUCAGCAACCGGCUGGCGUCUACCACGAGCUCGGCCGACCCGACGCUGGACGCCACCAUGGCCGCCAACCUGCAGAAGCUCUGUACCGGCGGUGACGGCAACCAGACCACCGCGCUGGAUGUCAGCUCCGCGGACGUGUUCGACAAGCAGUACUACCAGAACCUGCUGAGCAAGAAGGGCCUCCUGUCCUCCGACCAGGGCCUCUUCUCCGCCAACGAGGACGUGGUCGCCAGCACCACCAAGGCGCUGGUGCAGAAGUACAGCGACGACGGCGAGCAGUUCUUCUCGGACUUCGGUGCCUCCAUGGUGAAGAUGGGGAGCAUACCGUUGCCGGCGGGAUCCGCCGGCGAGAUCCGCUGCAACUGCAGGGUUCCCAACCCCAAAUGAGCAACGGCGAGCAGGGUUCAUUGGCGGUUAUAUGGAAAAGAUGAACGGGUAGCUAGGAAGAACUACCGACUGGGUAAUAAAAAAGCAGGACUGAGGAUUCAAUCCCAGGCGCUUGUCGCUACUAGAAUGCAGCACCGAGGGACACACUUUGUAAGUGAUGAUUAACUCCUGUAAAUGCUGCAACGAUCACUGUCAUACUGAUUAGUAGUAUAUGUAGAAUCAAAGGAUGCCACACUACCGAAAUGUUUGUAUUUCUUCCUACUUGUGCCAUCUGCCCAGAACAUAUACAUCAACUUACCUUCAUCA